CUCCCUCCGCCCAGCAGGCAAGUGGGGGCCCAGUGGCGGCGGCAGCGGGCAUAGGUCCUCUGAAGUUGCCCCACAAACGAGCAGCAGCUGUGCCUGGCCUCUCCCUGCCCGGGGGACCUUCAGCAUCACUGCAGACUUUCCAGGGGGUCCCCUAAGUGCUCUGUAAAGGCGGCUGGAAGUUUCCCACUGCAGGAAUCAAUAUACCAACAAGGAGAAUAUGUAGGACUCGCUUUAUGUUAGAAGCACAAGCAUCUUUCUUCUUUAAAAAAAAUCGUUCUGUGUUUCUGAGAGAGGAUCUGUGCCAGGCACUGUUUCUGGUGUGUCUGGAGGCCAGUAUGAAGCUGAAAAAGCAAGUGACAGUGUGUGGGGCUGCUAUCUUCUGUGUGGCCGUCUUCUCCCUCUACCUCAUGCUGGAUCGAGUGCAGCAUGAUCCCAUCCGACACCAGAAUGGCGGGAACUUCCCCCGGAGCCAAAUUUCUGUGCUGCAGAACCGCAUCGAGCAGCUGGAGCAGCUGUUGGAGGAGAACCAUGAGAUUAUCAGCCACAUCAAGGACUCUGUGCUGGAGCUGACAGCCAACGCAGAGGGCCCUCCCGCCCUGCUGCCCUACUACACAGCCAACGGCUCCUGGGUGGUGCCGCCGGAGCCCCGGCCGAGCUUCUUCUCCGUCUCCCCUCAGGACUGCCAGUUUGCUUUGGGAGGCCGGGGUCAGAAGCCAGAGCUGCAGAUGCUCACUGUGUCAGAGGAGUUGCCGUUUGACAACAUGGAUGGUGGGGUGUGGCGGCAAGGCUUUGAUAUCUCCUAUGGGCCACACGACUGGGAUGCUGAAGACCUGCAGGUGUUCGUGGUACCCCAUUCUCACAAUGACCCAGGCUGGAUCAAGACCUUUGACAAGUACUACACAGAGCAGACCCAACACAUCCUCAACAGCAUGGUGUCCAAGCUGCAGGAGGACCCCCGGCGGCGCUUCCUCUGGGCGGAAGUCUCCUUCUUCGCCAAGUGGUGGGACAACAUCAAUGCCCAAAAGAAAGCGGCAGUCCGAAGGUUGGUGGGAAACGGGCAGCUGGAGAUUGCGACAGGAGGCUGGGUGAUGCCGGAUGAGGCCAACUCCCACUACUUUGCAUUGAUUGACCAGCUCAUUGAAGGACACCAGUGGCUGGAGAGAAACCUUGGUGCAACCCCGCGCUCUGGCUGGGCAGUGGACCCCUUCGGAUACAGCUCCACCAUGCCUUACCUCCUGCGCCGUGCCAACCUGACCAGCAUGCUGAUUCAGAGGGUGCAUUAUGCCAUCAAGAAGCACUUUGCUGCCACCCAUAGCCUGGAGUUCAUGUGGAGGCAAACAUGGGACUCGGACUCCAGCACAGAUAUCUUCUGCCACAUGAUGCCCUUCUACAGCUAUGACGUCCCCCAUACCUGUGGCCCAGAUCCCAAGAUCUGCUGCCAGUUUGAUUUCAAACGCCUGCCUGGUGGGCGCAUCAACUGCCCUUGGAAGGUGCCACCCCGGGCCAUCACAGAGGCCAACGUGGCAGAGAGGGCAGCCCUGCUUCUGGACCAGUACCGGAAGAAGUCCCGGCUAUUCCGAAGCAAUGUCCUCCUGGUGCCCCUUGGUGAUGACUUCCGAUAUGACAAACCCCAGGAGUGGGAUGCCCAGUUCUUCAACUACCAGCGACUCUUUGACUUCUUUAACAGCAGGCCUGACCUUCAUGUGCAGGCCCAGUUUGGCACCCUCUCUGACUAUUUUGAUGCCCUGUACAAGAAGACAGGCGUGGAACCAGGGGCCCGGCCUCCAGGGUUUCCUGUGCUGAGUGGGGAUUUCUUCUCCUAUGCGGACCGGGAGGAUCACUACUGGACAGGCUAUUACACUUCCCGGCCUUUCUACAAGAGCUUAGAUCGAGUUCUGGAAGCCCACCUGCGGGGGGCAGAGAUUCUGUUUAGCCUGGCCACAGCACAUGCCCGCCGCUCUGGACUGUCUGGCCAGUACCCGCUCUCUGACUUCACCCUUCUGACGGAAGCUCGGCGCACACUGGGGCUCUUCCAGCACCAUGACGCAAUCACCGGCACCGCCAAGGAGGCAGUGGUGGUGGACUAUGGGGUCAGGCUUCUGCGCUCUCUGGUCAACCUGAAGCAGAUCAUCAUUCACGCAGCUCACUAUCUGGUGCUGGGGGACAAGGAGACCUACCACUUUGACCCUGAGGCACCCUUCCUCCAAAUGGAUGACACCCGCUUAAGUCAUGAUGCCCUGCCGGAGCGCACAGUGAUCCAGCUGGAUUCCUCACCCAGGUUUGUGGUGCUAUUCAACCCGCUGGAACAGGAGCGGCUGAGCGUGGUGUCCCUGCUGGUCAACUCUCCCCGGGUGCGUGUCCUUUCAGAGGAGGGGCAGCCCCUGGCUGUGCAGAUCAGUGCACAUUGGAGCUCUGCCACCGAGGUGGUCCCUGAUGUCUACCAGGUAUCUGUGCCUGUCCGCCUACCAGCCCUGGGCCUGGGUGUGUUGCAACUGCAGCUGGGCCUGGAUGGGCACCGCACGCUGCCCUCCUCCGUGCGCAUCUACCUGCACGGCCGGCAGCUGUCCAUCAGCAGGCAUGAGGCAUUCCCUCUCCACAUCAUUGACUCUGGCACCAGCGACUUCGCCCUCAGCAACCGCUACAUGCAGGUCUGGUUCUCAGGCCUUACUGGGCUCCUCAAGAGCAUCCGAAGGGUGGACGAGGAGCAGGAGCAGAGGGUGGACAUGGAGUUCCUCAUCUAUGGCACCCGCACAUCCAAAGACAAGAGUGGAGCCUACCUCUUCCUGCCUGAUGGCGAGGCCAAGCCCUAUGUCCCCAAGGAACCCCCUGUGCUGCGUGUCACUGAAGGCCCCUUCUUCUCAGAGGUGGUUGCAUACUACGAACAUAUUCACCAGGUGGUCCGGCUUUAUAAUCUGCCAGGGGUGGAGGGGCUGUCUCUGGACGUGUCAUCCCUUGUGGACAUCCGGGACUACGUCAACAAGGAGCUGGCCCUGCGCAUCCAUACGGACAUUGACAGCCAGGGCACCUUCUUCACAGACCUCAAUGGCUUUCAGGUGCAACCCCGGCGGUAUCUGAAGAAGCUGCCCCUGCAGGCCAACUUCUACCCCAUGCCGGUCAUGGCUUAUAUCCAGGACAUGCAGAGGCGCCUCACACUGCACACUGCCCAGGCCCUGGGCGUCUCCAGCCUCAAGGAUGGCCAGCUGGAGGUGAUCUUGGACCGGCGGCUGAUGCAGGAUGACAACCGAGGCCUAGGCCAAGGGCUCAAGGACAACAAGAGAACCCGCAACUGCUUCCGCCUCCUGCUGGAACGGCGAACCAUGGGCAGUGAGCCUGACUUUUUCUCCAAACUGGCAGCCAUGUUUAGGGGCUUGGUCUUUCCCAGCAGCAGGAGCAGUCACCAAGAGGUCCAGGAGAGCCACUCUACCAGCUACCCGUCCCUCCUCAGCCACCUGACCUCCAUGUAUCUGAAUACCCCGGCGUUUGCCCUGCCUGUGGCCAAGAGGCAGCUCCCAGGUCCUGGUCUGCACUCGUUCCGUCCCCUGGCUUCCUCACUGCCCUGCGACUUCCACCUGCUCAACCUGCGCACACUCCAGGCUGAGGAUGACGCCUCACCCUCAGCAGAGACUGCGCUCAUCUUACACCGGAAAGGUUUUGACUGUGGUCUUGAGGCCAAGAACCUGGGCUUCAACUGCACUACGAGCCAAGGCAAGGUGACCCUGGGGAGCCUUUUCCAUGGCCUGGACAUGGCCUUCCUGCAGCCAACCUCUUUGACGUUGCUAUACCCUCUGGCCUCCCCCUCCAAUAAUACUGACAUCUACGUGGAGCCCAUGGAGAUCGCCACUUUUCGCCUGCGCUUGGGUUAGGGCUUCUUGUGGUCUGAAGAGAAAGCUCAUCCUCAGAGACUGCCUCUUACCAUUAAGAUUGGGUUGGACAAGCCACACCAGGUGUCCUGUCCCGAUCUGCCUCCCAGAACUGUGAUGAACUGGGCUCUGCCCUCAUUUCCUGUUUAUUGUUGCUUCUGUGUUCAGGGGCAGCCCACAAGCCCGGCGGCGGGUAAAUAGGGUAGGCGCUGGUGAGAUCAAGGAGAGAAGGCCCUCGGUUGGAGUGGGCACUGCCCGACUCUGCUUGGUUGUAAGUGGCCGCCCAUGUGGGCACAGGCUUAAGCACCCGUCCUUUUCCCAAAAGGGCAUGUAGAAGAAGCAGAGGCAGACAGAAGACUAAGGGAGGUGACGCGGUAAACAGCCAGCGUCCGGGUCACUGUGGGCGACAGCUGGCUCUAGGGGACUCUUGUGGUUGUGUAGAGACUAAUGGCCUGGUGUGGUGAGCAGGACCAGAGUGACUCUGGGAGGAGAGGAUGGGGACCCAGAGUUAGCAGUGGGCUGGAGGAAUAGAGGAAUCCCUGUGUCUCCUAAGAGUCCUAGGCCUUGCUGCUUUCUGUGAUGGCUCCACGCUAAGUGCCACCUGACCUGCACAUCCUGGUGUGGGGUGGCAGGGUGGCAGGAAGGACUUGCUAGAGACUAUCAUGGCCAGAGGUCAUAGGAUGCUUCAGGUAUCAAAACCCGUAUCGCACACCGGGCACUUGGUCUGUGUGGUCUGUGGGAUGGUGGCAGGGGUGUAGGUGUCCUCCGUCCUUCCUGACCCCUCUGUGGCUUCUUACUCUACCCAUUGUCCCCAAGAGCUCCUUCCAGUCAUAGGGAGGUUUGGUGUUAUUUCCUUUCUCUGAAAAAAAAGUGAAGCUUCCAAGCCCCAUGUGCUUAGGCAAUUGAGAAGACUUACAGCACCAUGCCUCGCAGGCAGGCGUGAAGCUUCAUCUGUGUCCAUCCUCCUACAGAAGUAUUCAGUCCCUGGUACAGGGGACUAGGAUAUGUACACGAGAUAAGGAGGCAGUAUUGCUGCUCAGGAGUCUUCGUUUCAGCUUCGAUUAAUAGAUAAAAACUUAUGAUAGUCUAUAUAGAUGCUGAAAAGAUAUUCGAUAAAAUUUAAAAUCCACCCCUUAUUAAAACUCUUAGUAAGUUAAAUCUAGAAAGAAACAUCCUGAUCUAGAUAAAGGUCUCUAUCAGAAGCCAACAGUUAUUGGCAUUCUAAGGAGUCAGACACCACAGGCAUUCCCAUUAUAGCCAGAAACGAGCCAGGGGCUAUUAUUUAGCAAUGUACUGGCACUACUAAACCCUGCAGUGAGGCAGAUGAGGAGAUAAGGAAGAAUUACAAUCGUCAUUAUUCAUAGACAAUAAAACUGCCUACCUGUAAAAUCUAAGAAUCAACUGGAGAACUGCUAAGAGCACUCUGUAACUUGACCUAGUGAUCACAUCAUGUUCCUGUAAAGGUUUUGGUUCUCCCCAAAUCAGGUGAUAAAUUCAAUGUAAUUCCAACGAGACUGAUUUUUUUUGAAACUUGACAGUUUCUGAAGUUCAUUUGGAGGAGUAAAUGUGUGAGAAUACUAAGACAGUCCUGAAUGAUGAUGAGUUGGGGGUGGCUGGCACCGAGGUGGGAAAAGGCACUUGUCCAACCAGAUUUCCCAAAGGACACUCUUGCUACCAUGACCUUACUCAGUGUGACUUGGUAUGGGUCGGUAGACCAGUGACAAAACAAGAUCCGGGAAUACAGAAAUUUGGUAUAUGUUAAGAGUAUCUUAAGUGGGGGAAAAGGUGGAUUAUUUAAUGCAUAGUGCUUUGAGACAACUAGCUAGCAAUUAAAGUAAAUUAUAUCUCUA